UGUUUAAUAAUAAAAUAUUGGGAACCAGCGGGCGGUGACUAAAACCUCUUUCUUCGGACAAGGGCUAUAUUAUACCAGUGCUCCAUUCCUAGGACAUUGUCCAUUUCAGCAGGUUCAUUCUGUUGCUAACAUGAAGCUUUCUGGUUUCUUUGCUUUGCUCUUGGUGGUUGGAGCAACUUUGAUGUUCUUCAACAUCUUAACUCCUACUACUGCAACACCUGAUUUCACAGGGACCAAUUAUGGUGAUAAGGCAACAGUGAUUGCAGUGAGCAGGAAACUGAAGGAAAAUGGAAACAAUGUUGAAAGUGUUAUGAGCAACAAUGAUGAUAUGAUUCCGACUGAUUACAGUCCCGUUGAUCCACCACCAGGUUCUAGAUCAAAGGCCUCUCUAUAUCCUGAUCCUAUUGAGCAUGGAACCCCUCUGAUUCCAUACAUCCCAAAACCUGCACCUUCACCUCCUGGAGAUUCUGACUAACUUUCUGGACCAUUUGCUCAUGCUCAGAAUAAAGAUAGGACUCAUUCUCACACGUUGUUUACUCACUUUUUUGUGCCUUCUUGUCCUUAUAUUCUGUGUGCUAGUGUUGUUUAAAACAGUUGUGCCUUUGAGCAUCCUAUGUACUUAUAACUAAGGAUCAUGCCAAAUUUCUAUCUGUUGCUUUGUGUUUCUGCAACCUAUGUUUAUUUUUUCUUUUA